AUGAACUGCAACGAACUCCAGGAACACGCCAAGCCGGCCUGCUACGUCGUCAAGAAGCCCCGAGCUCUGCAAUGGUUCUACAAGGACCAGCUCUGCAAGGAGAGCGAGGAGGAGCGCCAGGCCGGUCGCUUUGAGCUGUUCCUCGACCUUCUCUACGUCGCCAUCGUCGCCAACUUCAGUGAUGAGCUCGCCGAACACCCCGACGGGGACCACCUCGUCAAAUACCUGCUCAUUUUCGCGCCAGCGUGGCACAUCUGGGUCGACCUGCGCGAGAUCAUGAACUCGUACUAUACCGACGACCUGCUCCAGCGCCUCGUCAUCCUCUGGGUCAUGGCCCUCCUGGUGCUGUACGCCAACAACGCGAACUCCGCCGACGAGGAUAUCGAGGCCCUCCGUACCACCGUUGGCGCCUACGUUGUCGCCAGAUUCACCACCAUGUGCACCUUCCUCGUCACAUCCAUCACCGCGUACCAGCACCGUACCCAGGCUCGUCUCUUGGCUGGCUUCAUGUUCGUCGGGCUGUUGAUCACCAUCCCCUUGUUUUUCGAAAGCGUCAGUCUCCGGGCCAAGAUCGCUAUCGUGGCCAUCGCCAUCUUUUACCAAGAAAUUACAUGGGCCUUGACGCUCAGUCCAUGGAUUAAGCGAAAGCUCAAGCUCACCUACAGCACGGCCGUCGAUAUCGCGCACGAAGUUGAUCGCAUGGCUGCUUUCUUCAUUAUCAUCCUCGGCGAAUUCGUGUACAGCAUCAUCGUCGGCAAGAAGACGGGGAUCGGUCUGACGUCAGGCUAUGUCAAGGCAGUCUGCACCCUCAUCAUCGCAUUCAGUCUCAAUUGGAUCUAUGCCAGCGGCGAUGGCAGCGUCCAAGCCACUCAUCCCAUUCGACGAUCCGCGUGGACCGCGUUUGGCUUUUUCUUGUUGCAUCUGCCUCUUUCCGCAUCCUUCCUGAUCGGAGGCCACAUUGCGGCUGUGGCCGCGGGAGAGUAUCAGCUUGAGGACGGACAGCGAUGGCUGCUUGGUGGAGGCCUGGGAGUUGGCAUGUUCUGCCUGUGGAUUUAUGGCAUGUUGUACCGUGUCGAUGGCGAAAACGGCUUGGUACUGUCUCAGAUUCCAAGGAUCGCCAUGCGGUUGGUAGUUGCCAUCAUCCUCAUAGUCCUCCCCGAGACACAUGACCACCUCAACGCAGAGCAACUUAUGCUCGUCAUCAUGGGUCUCUUUGCCUUCCUGUUGGUUUGGGAGACGGUCGGUGGACUCUCCCGGACGUCGGGCGUGUUUGAGCCUUGGAAUAACCGACAUCCUCCAGUUGACGACGAUACCGAGGCCCCUCUGCACGGAUAA